CGACGGGUCCUAUAUAAAUAGUCUGAUUCUCUCCGCAUCCGAACUACUCCGCCCUUCAGGUUCCUUCGAGUCCUUUCCCCGCAAAUCCGACCACACCCCCUGCUGGCCUGUCUCAACCAAAGAGACCUCAUAUUGAUGGAUCGACUCAAGAGAUUCAAGUGCCAGCAAUGCAAUAGGUCCUAUACCAAACUGGAGCACCUUACAAGACAUGAGCGGACUCGUAGGUUGCUCGGAUAAUGCCCACGGCUGUUGCACGAUAUUCACGCUACAUAGACACCAACACCAGACCAUACCGCUGUGAUGAGUGUGGUAGAAGAUUUGGCCGAGGGGACGUCCUUGGCCGCCACAAGAGGCUCCAUGCCCGGUCCCAAGCCGAUGUCUCUACAGAUGCAGGACAAUCGGUAGAUGAUCCUACAGAAGGCCACCUUCCAAGUCCUAAAGAGUCAGCUCAGAGCCUCUUGGGGGUGACUCCAUUUGGGCAGUCUUCGUUGUCUGGAAACCAGGAAUUAUUGGACUCCGACAACCUGCUGGACUGGUUUGUUCCGGAUUUCUGGGACUCGUCAGCCAUCUCAUUACCAUUGACGGACAUCCCUACCCUGCCGCAGCUGCAAAUAUCGAAUGGUCCGAAUCUCUUGUCUACAGAGGAACAGAGUGCUUCUCAGCAGGAGCCUGGAAAGAUAGCCAUGCAGCAGAGCUACAGAUUAAUAGAAGAUCUAUCCAAACGUCUUAACUCGGAUUUGCAUAGCUCGGGGAUUACAUCUGCGUUCCUCGAUGCAUGCUUGCAGGAAUUCUUGGGGCGGCUGUCUCCAUGCUUCCCCGUUAUACACGAGCCAACGUUUGCAACACGUGAGACCAUUCCUCCACUGCUGCUGAACAUGGUAGCCUUGGGAUCUUUGUUUGUGUGUCUGCCGGACUCAGCCCAGAAAGGGGAGAUGCUCUGGCGACUGGGUCAUACCGCUGUAGCAACCUCCUGGCAAACCCUAAGUAGCCUAAGAGGCCCUAGGGAUGCCUGUGACGGUGUUCAAUUGGUGUUGACUGCGCUUUUAGGGCAGCUAUUUGCACUACUGUCAAGCAACGAAAGCAUACGGACGACUGCAUUUGUAUGGCAUGGACUUGGCUUCUACUGGACACGCACAUCCGGUAUGUACGUUGUGGAAGACAUGCAGCAGGAUCAGAUUCCAGAGCAAGACGCUCCUCAUGCGACGAAGCACACGGCAUGGAUGAAAUGGGCAGCUGUCGAAACCAAACGACGAGCGAUCCUAGGCCACUAUAUUCUCGAUGGGUUGAUAUCACAAGUUUCGGGGUCUCCGGCCAGCACACGUCACUUGAUAAAUUCUAUAAAAACGGCAAGCUCUGAUGCGGCCUUUCUUGCUAAGAGCGCAGAUGAAUGGAUCAUCGAGAUGGGAAAAUCAAUCUCGACCCAACGCCCGUUUAGUGAAGUCUAUGUCUCUGUAUUUUCACCUGAAUAUGCGGUGUCCCCACCAUCACUCUCGGGCUUCUCGACUUUUGUUAUCAUCGAGGGUCUACAAUCCGUUGUAUCAGAUCUUCAUGAAACCAGCGCCCCGGUAUUUGGCGCUGUCUCUGAAAAGCAGAUCAUCCAGGCCUUACUCAACAUCUAUAAAACAGAUCUGUCCAACAGGUCAGCCGUCCAUGAUGAUAACUUUCAACUCAUGCUUCGCUGGCACAGCGUUUGCCUCGAACUCGCCGUUCCAUCUGCAUCUCUUUGCAGAAGGAUAUGUUGCGCAUAUGGCCUCCAACAACCCCUCGGAGGAAAGAUGACCAAGGAAGACCAUCUAUCAUUUGACUUGAACCGGUGGGCUAGUAGCAUCAAUGCUGCUCGCGCAAUACUUCAUGCACUAGCCAUCAAUCGAAUCGUCAAUCAGAUUCCGUUCAAACUAGCUCAUGCACCUCAUAUUCCAGCUGCUAUCUUUGCGUCUGCAAUUGUAAUGAGCGGGUGGUGUCUAGCUCGUGAAGAGACUCUCCAUGUUCGAGAAGAUAUUUCGUGGCAGGAUAUCUGGUGUGGCUCAUCCAACUGCGCCCCCGACAUUGAUCGGUACAUCCACCACGAGGCUUUUGACGGAAACAAAGUUCAUUUGCUCAAUGAGAUGAACUCUCUUCAAAUUAGUCUUAAAACAAUCACAUCUCGUUGGAGUGUGUCUCAUACCAUGGCGGAAACAAUCCAACAAAUGGUUACUUUGGCUCGCCAAUAUCACUGAUAAAAAAGAACGACAGAUUUGCCCGACGUUAAGUACA